UAUUCCUAUGGCUAUGGCACAGAUUAAGUAUCUGUGGCUAUGGAUGGCAGUCUGCGUCAAAGUGUAGUUUUCGUUGCUUGUAGUUUGAGUUUGUGAACUGAGGAUCUGUAAUAAGACAAAUACGAGUAUAUUGUUUAAUAAUUACUUUUUAGAUGUUCUAGUAAAUUGUUUUGUUUUAUAUUGAUAGUGAUUGUAAGAAUUACCCGAUUUAGCAAAAUGGAUUUUUCAACGCCAUUAAUUUUUGUUGUGUUAUUUAUUGUGGCCAGUUUUUCAUUAUUCCUUGUUUAUAAAUAUGGUAUAAAAGAAAAGAGCUAUGAAGAAGCUCUAGCUGAGCAACGUCAACAAACAAAUGCUUUAUUAGGAGUUAAACCGAAACCAAAGGAGAAGAAGAACAAGAAAGCAGCCAAAAAGUCUAAAGAAAAAACAUCACCUCAAGAGAAUGAAACUGAUGAAUCUGAACAUGUAGACAGCAAUAAAGAGAACUCUUUACCUAACAAACCCCAUGUUGAAUUCAAGGAAACACCGGAAGAGGUACCUGACAAAGAAGAUGUAAAAGUUUCAUUAGUUAAGGAAGUUACAAAGCCGAAAAAAGUAAAAAAAGUACGUCCGAUUCUUGUGAGAAAAGAUAAGUCACCUGAGAGAGUCAUUUUAGACAUCGUUGAUACUCCGAUUGUGAAUCACUUUGAGGAAAAUGUUCCUAAAGACGACUUUGAACUAAUGAGAGCAAACAGUAGAGAUGACAUAUUCAAGACAGAAAUAGUCAAAGAAAAAUUAACCAAAGAGAAAAAACAAAAUGUGGAGUCAGCUCCUUUGAUCAAGAAUAAGAAAAACUCCAAACAAGUCACCGACGCCAUUAAAUCUAACCCCAAGCAGAGUGUACCUGUGUUAGCUGAUGAACCUGAAGAGGCAGCGGAAAAACCAGUUGAGACAGUGUCUGCUAUUCCACAGACCAACGGAUUGGUCAUUGGUAACCCAGGAAAAGAGAAGAAGAAAAAGAAAAGCGAGUUCAACACUAAACAGCAAUUGACUGCUGAAAGGGAUGGACUCAUUAAUUCGGUGCGUAAUGCUGAAUUGUCUAAGACUGAAGUUCAAUUGCUCAUUGAUCUAUUACUCAACAAGCAGCUUGAGGCCCCGGCUGUUAUAGACGAAUGGACUGAGGGCAAAGCUGAUCCGAUACAGAGACUGAAGAAACAACUUUCCGAGAAAGAGAAAGCUUUUGCAGAGGAACAGGAAGCUCUUGCUGGGGCCCAAGCAAAACUGCGAGAGGUUCGAGCUGAACAACUGUCCGAAAAAUCACAAUUCCAACAAAAAAUUCGAGGAUUAGAAGAAUUAGUACAGAAUAAGCAGAUUGAGCUGCAAGCCUCCAACAAUAGAUUCCAAGUCAACAGUCAAAAGAUCCAACAACUACAAGCUGAACUUAAUGCUGAGAUUAUGAAAACUCGUAAAUUUAUGGAAGACAAUGCAGCUCUACAAAUGCAAAUUCAACAGUACGACGUUAACCUCUUGCAGUUCCAGGAGGCCGAAAAUAUAAUUGUUAAACUCAGGAGUGAAAAUGAAGAUCUAUCGGCAGAAAAUCAACAGCUCAGAAUGGAACUGCAAAAAAUUGCGGGAGAGAAAGAACAUCAGCAUCAGCAUUUCAUGAUGCAGAUAGCUAAUAUGGAGACGGGAUUCAAGGAAUCUCAUCAAGAACUUGAAAAAAAAUUGGAACUCGCUUUGAGACAGGAAAAUGAAUGGAAAAUUGAAAAAGCAGGUCUGAAUACUGCUCUACAGCAGCAAUUUGAAGAGAAUCGAAAUAUGGAACAUACUUUGAACCAGCUGAAUGAACAGCUGCGCUCCGGAAAUAAUGAAAAUGCCGAAUCUGUUAAAUAUAUUGCACAGUUGAAAUCUGAACUUCAAAAGGCCAAUGAUGAAAUUGCCUACUUACACAAAACAACUGAGGCAAAAAAAAAUCAAGAAGUGGAGGUACUAAAUCUGAACAACGAAUUAUCUUCAAAGAAAAAUGAACUAUCUGCAAAGAUAGUCGAAUUGGAAGAAGUUGAGAAGAAAUACAAAGAUGAUCUUGAAAAUUCUAAAAAGCAUUGUGAAAAAAUUCAACAUGAACUUGAAGAGCAGAAAGAGAAAAAUAAUGAAUUGCGGGAAAAGAACUGGAAAGUGAUGGAAGCACUAAAUGCUGCUGAAAGCAAAACAAAAGCUAUUGCUGCAAAAGAGGUGCCAGAAAUUGAUGUUGAAAAAUUGUCUAAUGAAAUCAUUACCAGAGAGCAAAACUCUCAAAAGCUAUUCAUUCAGAGACUGUUUCCUGAUAUUGAUGAUCUUCAUGCUGUAACUGCUGAUGAUUGGCAAGCCGAGUGUGGAAAAUUGAUCCAGAGUUACAUAAACAACUUGAAAAAUCGACAAAGUCAAACCCAACCUCCUCCCUCUCAGAACAUAGAAGUAGUUGAACUUCAAGCGCAGUUACAACAUUAUAAAAGUAUAUUAGAUGAAACGGAAGGGACAUUGAACAAACUUCAGACGCAUAUUGAAAGGGAAGAAAUUCAGUGGCGGAAUAAGUUAGCAGCUAAAGAUGAUGAAAUAGAACAUCUCAAAAAGAGCCGUCUGACACCGAAUCCUGUAGAACUGCCAGAGAUACAAGGAGUUCAGUUUGCCUACAAAUGCAUAGAAAAAUCGCUGCCAAUGAUAAUCGACGAAUUACAAACGAAGGUGAUUAAUUUGGAACAACAGUUAUCAAAAGAGAUUAGCGAAAAGCAAAGGAUACAACAGAAUCAACGUUCCUCAGCACAUGCUGAUUCGACUGCCACAAUAGAAAAACUGUCGGAAGAAGUAAAUCGCUUGAGAGAACAGCUAAGAGUAGAACAGACUAAAAAUGGGGAAGUCAAUGUGUGUCUCAAAGCACAAAAUUGUAACAAUUCGACGAAUGGAAGUAGCUUGAUAGAGCACUGUCUGUCAUCAUCAUCUAGUAUUGCUUCAUCUCUCAUCGAAGAGUUAAACAAAAAACCAAAGAAUAAGAAGCGAAAGAAGAAGGUACCAACAACAAAAAACGCCAACAUUUGUUCAAAUAUGGGUUGUCAGUUCUUGUAUUGUGACGGCAGUAGUUGCAGUGGAAAUUUGUAAUGCGGCAUUUAACCUUUCAAAGGACAAAGGAAGUGCAGAAUAAACUAAUUUUCAACUACAGUAUUUCAGUAUACUGUGAAAUAACCCCCCCUAUACUUAAUUUAGAUUUUUCCAAUAGUUGUACUUCAAUUUACAAUUAUCAUUCCUUUUUUGUCACUGGUGCAAUAAUAUAUGUCAAGUCAGUUUGUGAAAGUAUUUUUGGACUGUAUUAUUGUAAGGUAACAAACAAUAUUUAUGCCAUCCUAACAAAACGGUGGUUUAGCGGGCUUUUCUAAGAUUUUUUACAAGUUGAAUUAACUGUGAGAUUGUAUUUAGGUUAGGUGACUUGUAAUUAAUACCUUGUUGAAUUAAUGUUAAUAUUAGGCAAUCGCUUCCGUUGAUAUAGUAAAAGACUUAAAAAGCUUAUGAAUGAUGUAUCCAAUUUUAGUUACAUCCAUAGCAUAUAUUCUUGUAUGGUAAAAAGAUUGUGUGUGUACGAAAAACAGUUUUAAUAUUAGAUUAAAUAUAUAUUAUACAUUAUAUUUCAAUACACUAGAAUUUCUUUUGUAUAAUUUUGUGAUUCCAAUAAAAUAGUUUUACUACA